UUUAUAAUUUACUUACUUCAAAUGGAAAUGGAAUUAAACACAGAUCCAAUAGUUUUAUAAAAUUCAACUACAUUUUCUUUGAGGUAAUGAUUUUAACAAUCACAUAGUGAGUUUAAACCUAAAUAUUCUCAAGUAAUUUAUUCUGGAUCGCAAGUAGCCAUAUAAAAAGCAAAUGAGAUCAAUUAGGUUAAUAAAGAUAAUACCAAUUCAAUUGAUAACAAUAAAUAAAAAUAAGCUCCAUUAAUAGAGAAAGAAAUAGAAUAUAGAAAAAUAUUUUCAAGGUAUAAUUUAGAGUUUUUUAAGAUUUGCUGUGACAAAUGUGAUAUUUGGGAUUUAUUAGCUAAUUAUUUUAAUUUUUAAAGGAAUAUUAUUGCUUGACAAUAGUAAAGUUAUAGGAUUAAUUUUAUUACUUGUAAGGUAAAAAAUAUUAUCAAAUUAGUUAUUCAUUAUGGGGAAUCACAUUUUGCAUAGCUCUUAAAACAUUUAAAGAUUAAAAAUCUUCAUAACUAAUAAUCUAUCAAUCAAAUUUAUUUGUAAUAGGAAUUAUAGAUUGUUAUGUAUAAUCCUUAAUAUUUUCAAUGUUGGAAAAUGCAAAUUUAUUUUCUGCAUUUUUUUAUACAAUUAUUUGGAUAGCAACAUUAGUAUUUUUACUAAUAUUAUUUUUUUAAUGUAAAAAAUCAAAAGACAUAAUAAUUGUAAUAAAAUACUUAAAACUCGAAUAUCUUUAGCAUUCUUCAGAUACCAAUGUUUGA